AUGUCGAGCGUCGCCAAGGUCGUCCGAAGCGCCCGCGGGCUUCUUCUGCGCGGUUCCUUCAGACAGGCGGCGACGCAGCUCAGGGCGGACAUCUCGACGGGACCCCAGCAGCAGCACGGCAACUUUCUAAAGUUCCGCACCUAUGACAUCAAACCGGACCACCUGAGCGCCUUCUUGAAGCUGACAGAUGACAACAUCCAGCUGCGGACCGCACAUUCCGAGCUUGUGGGCUACUGGACGGUGGAGCACGGCGGUCUCAACCAGGUCUUUCACAUCUGGAAGUACGACAGCUAUGCCCAGAGGACAGCGGUACGCGCAGCCCUCGCCAAGGACCACGACUGGAUGUCCAAGUACAUUUCAAAGAUGAUGCCCAUGCUGAAUUCUCAAGAUAGUGAGGUCAACUACUUGGUGCCAUGGUGUAAGCUGGGUAAACCCCCCAAACAAGGCGUCUAUGAAUUGGUGUCCUUCCAGAUGAAACCUGGGGGUCCUGCUGUCUGGGGUCCUGCAUUCCAAGCUGCUAUUAACACUCACGACAGUCCUGGCUACGCUCAACUCAUUGGGGUCUUUCACAGUGAAUUUGGAGAUUUAAACAAAGGUAAAGUCCGAGUUUAUCUGCAGACCCUCUACUUUGUCACACGUCCUACUGCCCAUGGUGGGUCACAUUGAGGUGCCCUCAAACAC